AUGUCUUUGAUCCCUUUGAAUGAAAAUAUAUCCAUUCCUCAGAGCUCUUCAUCCAUCUCUGAGACGCCACCAGUUCAUAAAAAUGUUCCUGAAGUGGCUUCAGAUAAUUUUGAUGAUAGUCCUUCCUCAAAGGAGGAACCAAUUGUUCGACCUUCAACUGCCAGUACCAGCGUAGAGAUUGACGAUACCCAAGGAGAAGAGAAACACUUGACUCAUUCAUCAAGGGGAGCGGAUUACACUCCAGCAUCAUGUGAGAGUCCCUUUUACAGUUCCACGGAAAUUUAUGGACAUCCUAGACACGGAUCUGCAUCCAACCAACUUCAGGAACUCAGUGUAACUAGAUGCGGUAGUCUCCCAAUCGCACACUCGUUUUAG